AUGGCGGCGGAGGCGGUGGCGGUGGCGGUGGCGGUGGUAGUGUGCGCCGCCGCUCUGGUGGGGACGUCCAUGGCGGGGGACCCCUUCGCCUACUUCGACUGGGACGUCUCCUACAUCACCGCGUCCCCUCUCGGCGUUCCCCAACAGGUGAUAGCGAUCAACAAGCAGUUCCCGGGCCCUGUUAUGAACGUCACCACGAACUGGAACGUGGUGGUGAACGUCCUCAACAGCUUGGAUGAGCCAUUGCUCAUUACAUGGGAUGGGAUCCAGCAGCGGAAGAAUUGUUGGCAGGAUGGGGUUUUGGGGACCAAUUGCCCCAUCCCUUCUGGUUGGAACUGGACCUACCAGUAUCAAGUGAAGGACCAAAUCGGAAGCUUCUUCUACUUCCCUUCCCUCGGCCUUCAAAGGGCGGCCGGUGGAUACGGCGGCAUCACUGUCAAUAACCGCGACGUGAUCGCUGUCCCCUUCGGAACGCCCGAUGGGGAUUUCACCCUGUUCAUCGGGGAUUGGUAUACCAAGAACCACACUGAUUUGAGGAAGAUGCUCGAUGAUGGCAAGGAUCUCGGGAUGCCGAAUGGUGUUCUGAUGAACGGGAAGGGGCCAUAUCGGUACAACGAUUCAUUGGUUCCCGCUGGUAUCGAUUAUGAGACGAUCAAUGUUGAACCUGGCAAAACCUAUCGGUUCCGGGUCCACAAUGUCGGCGUCUCGACCAGUCUCAACUUCAGAAUCCAAGACCACAACUUGCUUCUCGUAGAGACGGAGGGAUCAUACACUAAUCAACAGAACUACAGCAACUUAGAUAUCCAUGUUGGCCAGUCCUAUUCUUUCUUGGUCACAAUGGAUCAGAACGCGAGCAGCGACUAUUACAUCGUGGCGAGCCCUCGGUUUGUGAAUGAGUCGCUCUGGACCCGAGUUACCGGUGUGGCCAUAUUGCACUACUCAAAUUCCGAAGGCAAAGCUUCUGGCCCUCUUCCUGAUCCUCCUAAUGAUUUCUAUGACAAAACAUGGUCGAUGAAUCAGGCGAGAUCUAUCAGGAUGAAUGUGACUACUGGUGCGGCUCGUCCGAAUCCUCAGGGAUCUUUCAAAUACGGUUCAAUCAAUGUGACUCAGGUUUACGUGCUCAAAAAUGAACCUCCUGUGAUAAUCGAUGGGAAGCGCCGAACUACCCUAAAUGGGAUAUCUUAUUCUCCUCCCGACACUCCCUUGAGGCUCGCCGACCUCUACGAUGAGAAGGGAGUGUAUACACUCGACUUCCCCACAAGACCGACUGAUGCACCGCCGAGCAUUGGAGCCUCUGUAAUUAACGGAACAUACAAGGGUUUCAUGGAAAUCAUAUUCCAGAACAACGAUACUACAGUUCAGACCUAUCACAUGGAUGGAUACGCAUUUUUCGUAGUUGGAAUGGAUUAUGGCGAGUGGACCGAGAACAGCCGGGGCACUUACAAUAAGUGGGACGGUGUUUCUCGCAGUACAACUCAGGUUUUCCCCGGAGCAUGGACUGCGGUGUUGGUCUCGCUCGACAAUGUGGGCAUUUGGGACGUCCGCACAGAGAAUCUUGAUGACUGGUACUUAGGCCAGGAGGUCUACGUAAAGGUCGCCGACCCGGAAGGUUACAACAAGACGGAGAUGUUGGCGCCGGACAACGUCUUGUACUGUGGCCUUCUGAAAGAUAAGCAGAAGGCGCAGAAGCCUCACGGAACGAUGUCGUCUUCAACUGAUUUGAGAAGGGGCAAGAUUUUCACAUUGAUGUUGCUCUUCGUCGCACUUAUCUUCGCCCCCUAGGUUGUUCAAGAUGUAAUGUUAAGGUUUUUUUUUUUUUUUUUUUUUUUUUUUUUUUUUUUUUUUUUUCAAACCCUGAUCAUGAAGACAAAGGCUUGAUUCGAAGAAUCUUGUGUGUUAGUGGUAGGUUUUUUUGUCGAUAUGAAGUAGUUUCUUUGUGUUGUUUAGUUUAGUUAGCCCGAUUCGAUCAUUUGUUUGGCGAAAUUGUGUCACUGAUUUAAUCAAGAGAUAGAAAGAUUGUGUGUACCAUUUCCAGUCAUCUUCCAUGAGUGUUGAACAACUUAGAAGAAGAUUUUAUCAGUCGUUGUC